AUGCGCCACCGGUUCGUCUUAUCCAUGCUGCUCUUGCUGCCGGCCGUCCGGGCAGCGGUCGGUGAGAAAAACGGACCUGAAAUUCGACCAAAAACCGAUGACGACGUAUUAAUCAAUAGCCUGGAGGAUGUGGACCUCAGUUGCGACGGAGGUAGAUGUGAACCAAACGGACAAGACGCCGUCCCGUCGUCGAGUUGGACAACCACCAAGAAACGUACGUAA